CUUGUUACAAGUGUAAAAACUGUGAUUAACGUGUGCAAAACGUUGUGAUUGCGAAAUAUUGUUAACAUAAAUUGUGUGUGUUGUUGUUUUGUGUGUGUGCUGUGUGCAUUCCGGCCGCCUAGAUCUCCCAAUAUUGGAUGUACCAUGUGCUAAGUGACAGUGACAGUGUGCCCCAGUGUAAUAAAGUGUGAAGUGACCAUGUGUGGUGAUACAGUGACUGUGCUUCCAUCUGACCAGAGGUUCUGAAUGAAUAUAGACAAAGGCAGGGUAUGGAGAAGGAGAACGGCGAGGGCGGCGAGGGGGGAGGUAAACCACCGCCGGACGGGUUGCUCGACGCGGCUGGACUCUUUGGAGCAUACUGGGGUCGAGAUGGCAGCGCGGGCGGCGGGGCGGCGGCUGCCCAAGCUCAGGCGCAAGCGCAGGCCCUGUUCGGCUUCAGCGGGCGGUACCCGCCACCGACAACCCUCGGGGUGGCUGCCAACCAGGCGGCGUCCCUCGGACUACAUCCAGCUGCCAGUGCGGCAUGGUGGUCUAUGGCUUCCCAUCUAGCAGCUCAGGAUUACCUCGCUCGCCUCCAAGCUUCCGGCCUGAAUUUUCCACCGCUGGGGGACCCUUACUCCGCCCUCUCCGCUUUAUCUGCCACCGGUUUGAAACAACCACCGAAACCGGGGAAACAACCUAGUCGGAAUGACAGAUCAGGGAGAAGCAGUACAUCCUCAAGUGCAUCGACAAAAGACAAGAGCCCCUCAACAAGCACUUCGAGUUCUCAACCCAACAUGAGUGAGUGGGGGUCAUCAUAUGGCUUUCCCAAGACAUCAUCACCGUCGACGAUGCACUCCCAAUCACUCUCAAGUCUAGCAUCUCUGAACAACCUUGUGUCAGGGCCACAUCAGUCAAAAUCGAGCAGCAAACAACCCACCGCCCCAUCACAAUCCAGAAAACCAUCUUCAUCGAGUAGCAGCAGCGGGUCUAAAGGAAAAGAUCGGGAGCUGGCCCUUCUUCGUGGUGACCUAAUGCUGGCUCAAGCGGCUGCGCAUGGUGCCUACCAUGCUGCGGUUGCAGCUGCUGCCAAGGGGAAGAAUAUGUCGCCUCUGUAUCCGUUCGGCGUGGGAUCGGAUAAGGACCGGCAUGGAAUCGACUCUCUUACAGGCUUACCACAUACAAUACUCAGCGAUCCGGCGUCCGUAUUAGGCGGCGUGCGUUUACCACCUGACACUGAGAUCAUCAAAUAUACGUCAUCACUAGCGGGGCCCAAGUCGACGCCCGGAUCGACGACACGCGGCCGUAAGAAGACGAUCUCUCUAGAUCCACCGCACGUGUCGCUUCAUCCCUCUGCAGCCGCACCCUCUACACCAGACCGUGCCACGCAUCCAAACAAGCGGCAGAAAGUGGACGAGUAUGGCAACUCUCGGUCGUCAGUGGAAGUGAUCCGGCUACCGAAUAAACCGGAGCGCGGGGCUCACAAUUCGCUAUCGGGGACUCCUCCGCCUAAUUUGUCUGAUUAUGCAGGUAUAUCUCGGGAGCUGCUGCAGACAAUUGCUAGUCAGAGCGGAGUAAGCCUCGCCGCCCUCGAGAGGCAACUCGCUGGGUCCACUGCUCCGUCAGAUUCCGGCCUAAACCUGAGUACGAAGUGUAGUGGAGGUAGCAGUGCUGCUGAUGAUGGUCCGCUGGAUCUGGGUGUGAGAGCAGACGAUGACGCGCCCCUCAAUCUCUCACUCAAACCCACCCCCCCGAGCACGCAGGCUUCGGACGCCCUCUCGAGACUAACUUCACUCAGCAGUUCUCUAAAUGCAUCCGGAAGCAACGACAGGAUAUCUCGCCGCAAGCCCGGAGCGAAGCCCCGUCGGGUGGCUCCUGAGUUGAGUUCGCAGCCCGCGGACUCCCCGCGACCCAAGUCCAGCGGCAGCGAGGACAGUGAAUCUGUACCAGCAUGGCCAAAUCGGGAAGGUAGGCCCCGUAACUUGGGGCGGGGAGUCAGCAAGCCAAAGAAGAACACUGUUGCCUCCUUAUUGGCCCAGAGCAGAGCGCUAGGGCUCCGACCUGCGCUGGCGCAGCAACUUCUCGGGGAGACUGAUCUGGAGAAGCUGAAGGCGUUGCUGGGCGAGAGCGGCAGCACGGACUCGGAGUGUCCGUCCGACAGCGGCCCGUCCGACUCCGACGCCAGCGACUCCGCGCGCCGCCCGCACGACGCGCAGCUCCGCCUCCCAGUCGCGCUCGGCUGGAAACGUGUGACUAUGAUCAAGGGUCUGUCAAGAAACUGCAAUAUCAAAGGUGACGUCAGCUAUUCCCCGCCGGAGCCCCACUCUUCGCUGCACAUAAAAACCAUGCAAGAAUUGCAGGCGUUCCUGGAGGCGCGGCCGAGCCCGCCGCUGUCAGUAGAUAACUUCAGCUUCAGCGCGCGCCACGUGGUCGGCGAGUAUGUACAGCCGGCCACAGCGCCUGAUCACGAACCACUCAUUUACAACGAGGCAGAGAUUACUAAAAGGCUGGAGGAAGCGCGGGCGCUGUCUGUGGGCGGCGCGCGGCCGACUCCGCCGCCCGUGGACCGCCGCAUCGAACUCGCGCGCAGGCAGCAGGCCGCCAGGCACGCCCGCCGGGACGCCUGCGCCAGGGACAGGGACCAGGCUAGACUAGUCAGAGAACUGGAAAGGACAGAAAAAGCAGAAAUGGCUAAACGUGAAAAGGAAGCUAGAAGCCAGCAGCUAUUGGAGCAUAUCAACAAGAAUCGAUCGCAGCUGACCAUCGAGCCGUUGCCGGCGGCCAAAAUCGAUAUCGCCGACUGGAAAGUACCAGAUAUAGUGAUGGGCGCAGCGAAAUCGAAUAAGGAACGAGUCAUGCCACCAAUUAGUUUGUCCCUAAUACCAGUCAGCGGGCAUAAAGACACACAAAACGCCCCAAUAAAAACAAUAAGCUUCGAAACCACUUGGAAAGAAGACGAAGAAUACAAUGCAUUAGAUAAAAUGAAAGAUUUCGCCGAAAAAGCGGCAUUCGAUCUACCGAAACGGAGCAAUGAUAAGCAUUAUGACUUCACCUUAAUGAGGGCGAACGAAAAGCGACCUAAGGUCCCAGACAAAGAGAAUAAUUUAGAAAAGCUCAUAGAAUCAUACUCUAGGAUUAGCGAGUUCAUAAAUGGCUGUGAUUGGUCAAAAUUACAAGCCGAUAAAAAAAGCGAGGACCCAAAAUCUUUAGAACAGAAAUAUUUGGAUGCGAAAAACGAAUUUAUGUCGCAAAACUUAUGUUUAAUGCCCAAAGACAAUCAGAAGUCCGUUCUCAAGGAAGUGAUUGAUUUGAGUGAAGAUGAUGAUAAUAUAUUGAAUGAUAUAAUAGCGAGAAAAAUAAAUAAAGGGACUUUUAGUAUUGGGAAAGAUGGAGCUCUAUCGAUAUCGGUCCAUCCGUUCGGCAAGGACUCGGCAAAGAAGAGAAAACAGGAAGAAAUUGAGAGACAAAAGAUAGAGGAGCAAGCGAAGCGGCAACAGGAAAGAGAAAUAAAACGGCAACAAGCAAUGCUCUUGAAAGAACAGGAACGUGAGAGACGGCGACAGCACACUACCUUCAUCCGUCAACUGGACUCAAGGAGAAGAUGGGAAGAGAGGGAGAGAAGAAAACACCAGAACCUCCUAGACAGGCUUCUAGUUAAAGAGAAGAAGCUGCAGCAACGGCGGAAGGAAAUGGAACUGCUCACUGAAUUAAGACGACCACAAGAAGACUCCUCGCUAUCAGAUCAGAAGCCGCUACCGGUCCUCAACAGAAUCCCGGGCCUGAAGCUGCCCGGGCAGGCCAUGGCGGACCUACUGCAAGUGUUCGAAUUCGUACACAACUUCGGACAGACGCUAGGAUUUGAUAUGGAAGCGAUUCCUACGCUCAACACGCUACAGAUGGCGCUGCUGCCGGAUUGCAGCACUGAAGCUGAAGAGGAACUGGUCCAGGUGCUGACACAGCUGCUUGUCUGCGCAAUAGAGGAUCCGGGUAUACCACACCCGGGGCGUCAUACCACGUUACUGGGUCACGCGAUCCGCAUGGGCGACAUCACGCCCGCCAACCUCAGCGAGGUCCUCAGGAUAUACCUGUACGCUAACGCCACCGGAGAGGUCAAAGCACUCACUGGUCUGACGGCAGAGCGUGAACGCGAGCGGCGUAUCGCUGACCAUCAUCAGACUGACGCAGAGAUGCAGGUGACCUGCACCAACACCAAGAACGGCAUCUACUACGAGCAUCUGCACAACAACAAUACAUACAAACUGUCCGAAUCACUACGAGACAAGCCAUUCCUAGCUCUAAACUCGACGGCCAAGACGAAGAUCCUGGCGUUCCUGUGCAACGAGUUGUUACAGAACAAAUCUGUGUUACGACAGAUCGACGGAUCGUUAGAACACCUCAACCAGCUCAAGAAGGAGAGGUACCUCUUGGAUAUGAAGAUUAGGAAAGUCCGUGUACUCCAUCAAAGAAAAUUACGCACCGAACAAACGGAGAAGCAGCAAGCGCUCGCUUUAGAGCGCAUGCAGCGGCUUGUUGAGGAGAGCACCGCCAAUUUGAACAGAAUCUCACCGCAACCCCACGAGGACUCGUGGCGAGAAAACCCCAUACAAGAAAAAGAAACGCCCAAAAAGGAUAACUCCCAUGCAUCCGACGCCGACGAGAAACCAAUCUCUCCGUACAAGGACGCUCCGCCCGAUGAAAGUGACAAGGAACUCUCGCCCUUAAAGGAUUUGUCCAACAAUAUCAAAACUAAAGAGAUAUUAAAUAAUAAUAAGGAGGAAUGUUCCCCGGCCGACAAUAAGUUAGAUAAAGACAGCGUUAUGGGUGACUGCGAUGCAAUAUUGAGUGAUUUGGAGAGCGAAGGCACUCAGCCUGAAGAGGAUGAAGAUAAGAACUUAUCAUCAGAAGAGCUUGGCCGUAAGCUGGAGAAGCUGCUCAGACAAUCAGAGCAGCAGUUGCAGCAAUUAACAGCCGGAUCACACGCACUCCGAGCCACCUGCUAUGGACAGGACAGAUACUGGCGACGGUACUGGUCUCUGGGCAAGUCUGGCGGCAUCUUCGUAGAGGCAAUGGAGUCAGCUCAACCCGAGAUUAUGCAGUACCAUCAGGGUUUGGAGAACAACGCGAUCAAUGGCAAACAGGCUGUCGACAGUAAUAAGAAAAAGAAGAAAGGUGGCCGAGAAAAGAAAGAUUCAGAAGAUAAACGAGACCCAGAGACGGAGGCUCAGAAGAAAGAAGAAGCACUGAAAAGUGAAUUAGAACUAAAGAGCAUCAAGUCGGAAUUGAACUUGAGUGAUCACACGCAAAUCAUCAAGUACGAACCCAACGUCAAACACGGCGCUUGUAAGGUCGAAGGAUCGUCAAUAAAAAUGGAAGAAAAAUACAUUCAACAAAAGCAGAACAAUGAAGAAGAAGACAUGCUUGAUAUAGAAGACUCCAUCCCCACCGCGUUCCUCGUCCAAAAACCCACCCAUAAACCCAUGUACGCCACACAAGCUGAACCGGUGGAUAAACCACAGGAGAUUGUAAAAGUAGAGAAUGUGGUUAAGAACGAGACAGAGGAGGAAUCAAAAGAAAAGGAUCAACUAGUCAACAAUUUAGAAGAAUUAAGAAAGUUAGCCGAAGCAGUCUCCUCCCAGCUCGAACCUAAAGAGGAAGUAAAAGAAGAGAAGGAUGUAAAAGAAGUAAAGAAAGAGACAAUGGAACCGGAGACUGCUCACAGUCAUUUAUACACAAAGAUUCUAGAAGGAAAAUGGUUCUCAAUUCUAAGACAUGAGGAUUCAUUUUUGACUAACAUUCACGAGGAUAAAAAUGACAAAAUACCUGAGUAUUGUGAUAAUGAACAUACAUGUUCUGAAGUGGUGGUGUGUCAAGGGCACAAGUGGGAUGUUUCCAAUAAUCUACACUUGUUAAUUGACCCGAGUUUGUUCACGCUAAACAGUAUGGUGACCAGUGUUCAAGUGCCGUCUAAUAAUGUGUAUGCAGAUUCAAGCUUAACUAUGUCAGGAUUGGAUCAAGUAAUGAUGGAUGCAAGUUUGAAUAAAGAUACCAGUGUGCAGGAAACUGAAAUGGAAGAAGAUAACAAGGAACAGGAUAAUGAUCUCGAGAAAGAACUUCAAGCGGAUGCCCUGAAACAUGACGCAGCUUCCCAUAAGGCCAAAGCUCAGAGCCUCUCCAGCCUCGGUCUUCUCAACUUUAACGCUCUUUCGACAUAUGUGACCUGUGACAGUCCACCCCCGAUACAGAUGUCGCCUGAAGAACUGGAUCAGCUAGAGAAUUGUAAAGUCCAUGGUCUCCCGAAGAAGGUCGAGGGGAAAUUCGUAUCUAGAGAGCUUAGGCAUGGCUGGUGGCGCAUCACAGAACCGGAACAACUGAAGGACCUAAUGGAUUCUCUUCAUCCACGAGGAGUUCGUGAGAGAGAACUACACGCCGCUCUAGUGCAACAUGUACCCUUGGUUAACAACAAGCUAUACAUAGAAAAAGGAGACAUCCUGAGCACGGAACUGUCUCUGUCGCACGUGGACCGCGUGAUCGCACAGAACGGAGGCUUUCCCAGCCCGGACCCUCCCGGAUCCUACUCACUAGCCACCGCCAGGAGGCUCGAUAUGCAAAUACUGAAUACGGUGGAGCUGUUAGAAGAGCGAGUAGCGGCCGCGUGGAUGCAAGUGAAGGGCUGGCGACCCACGCGGGGAGUCGACGACACGAUGUCCAUAGUGGCCCGAGCCAGGCAGAAGCUGGCACAGCUCGAAGCUCACAUAGAGAGACGAUAUCUCAAACCGCCUUUGGUACAAAGGUAUGCUAGUACGGCAGAAGCAACCCUGGGUGCGGUGCUACAAGGCGAACAUGGCAACUCAUCCACACCUUCGCCACAAAACACCGAUGGAGCGAAUGAAGUGAAAGAUACAAAAGGCAUAUCCCGAGGUCUGGCAACAUGGCGGGAAGCACUAGGUCGCUGUAACACGUCGGCUCAGCUCGCGCAGUUGGUGCAGGCGCUCGAAGCAGCUGUCGCCUGGGAUAAGAGCAUCAUGAAAGCCAAUUGUCAGUUCUGCUUGCGGGGAGAUGAUGAAGAACAACUGCUGCUGUGCGACGGCUGCGACAAAGGCUACCACACGUAUUGCUUCAAGCCGCGGAUGGAGAAGAUCCCGGAAGGCGACUGGUACUGCUGGGAGUGUGUGAACAAGGCUCGUGGUGAGCGAGUGUGUAUAGUGUGCGGCGGAGCGCACCAACACUCGCGCACCAUCCCCUGCGCGCUGUGUGUGCGCGCCUACCACCAGGACUGCCACUACCCGCCGCUGCCCAAGAAUCCGCGUGGCAAAUGGUACUGUUCGCAGUGCAUAUCUCGAGCGCCGCCAAAGAAGCCUCGCAACACUAAGAAACGUGAGAGCAAACACAAAGAUAGCCUAGAAAUGGAUCAAAGCAUGGUGCCUAGUCCAGCUGCGUCGCUGGCAUCGACAUCAACAACAGCAGAGGAAUGUCCUCCCGCUGUACUCAACACGCCCGAGAAGUCGGACGGCGCGGAAAAGCUUGACGAGCCGAUCGCCGAGCCGGAGAACGGAUUAAAUCACCACCCCGCGGCAACCGAUCUACCACCGGAAGAAGGUACCCCCGAGAAGCGGCGCUCGCUGCUGUUCGUCGGCGGCAACGGUCAGCUGCAGCACGACGAGGACCAUGUCGACGGCGAAGACCCAGACACCGAAAAUGUUCCACUUGUCUCGCGAGCGAAGAAAGAGAAGAACCCAGUCAAAAAAUUGCAAAAGGACAUGCAGAUAUGCAAGAAUCUUCUGUGCGAAAUGGAAUGCCACGAGCACGCGUGGCCGUUCCUCAUCCCUGUCAACACCAAGCAGUUCCCACAGUACAAGAAGGUGAUCAAGUGCCCCAUGGAUCUCUCCACCAUCAAGAGGAAGCUACAGGAUAGCAGCUAUAAGUGCAAAGAAGAGUUCGCGUCCGACGUACGGCUGGUGUUCACCAAUUGUGAGGUAUUCAACGACGAUGACAGUCCGGUUGGCCGCGCCGGCCACUCCAUGCGGCAGUUCUUUGAAGACAGAUGGGCGCAGGCCUGACUGAUGCACUGUCAAAGCACUGACGACAGUCGGACUGAGUGAACACUUGUACAAUACAUAAGUCGACCCGUCAUUGCUUUGACUGUUGGAGUGAUGAUUAUUACUGUCAGUCUACUGACUGACAACGUAUUUGACGUUACAAUGAAAAUUUGGAGUAAAAUGCAGCCCGUUUACGCUCCGUUUUUGCCUUGACUAUUAUUUGUGUUAAUACGGGUUGUAUCAGUAUACAUGUCAGUCUGUCAGU